AAAACAAGUCACAACAAGGAAGUGUGUUUGGGUAAUGCGUGUGUAUACAUGUAUUCACGAACAUUCUACAUCAACUGGUCAGAAACAUGACAUGCUUAUACUAUUUAAUAUUUGGAAUUGUGUGCUUUCUUCCCCAGAUGGCUGCACAAGAUGAUCCUGAACUGACUAUACUUCUAGUAAACUGGAAUCCGGGGGAAAUUUAUCAGUUUAAGUUCCCAGUAACGACAUUUCAAAGUGUCAUCGUAAGCAACCGCCCUGUGGCCAUCGACUAUGACCCUAUGGAGAACACAAUGUACUGGACAGAUGUUCAACUCAAGCAGAUAAGUGCCACAGAUCUCACCACAAGGGCAUCUCGGAUCAUCCUAUCUUUGAAUUCAAGUGCAGUUCCUGACGGGAUCGCUGUCGAUUCAUCUGCAAGAAAAAUAUUUUACACGGACGCUGGAAAUGACAUAAUCGCUGUCCAGGACAUGAAUAGCAGUAACCACGAAAUCAUCCUCACACAGGAUCUUGACGAGCCCAGGGACAUUGUUGUUCAUGAGGCAAUGAGGAAGAUGUACUGGACAGACUGGGGAGCAAGUCCUCAAAUUUCCACAGCGGAUUAUGACGGAAGUAACAUCAGGAAGAUAGUCACAACCGGUUUGGCGUGGCCAAAUGGGCUUACAAUUGACAAGAAAAAUGGAAUUCUGUACUGGUGCGACGGCAAGACACACAAGGUCGAGUCCGUGUCUUUAGAUGGAACACAGAGAAAAGAACUGCUGUAUGAACCUGGCGCUCAAUACUUCGGGAUAUCGUACCAUGAUGGAGCGCUUUUCUUCACCGACUGGAGGAGAAGGGCAAUUCUCAACCUGCCUGCUACAGGAGGUACUGUUGGCAUGUUGACAACAGGUACUUUGAGACAGCUGGCUGGAAUCCAUGUCUUUUCUAACAGAAAUUCGACGGAAUGUCGUUCUGGCCAGCACGGAGAGGACUGUAGAGCGUGUGGAAACUGCAAGGAAAGAACCGUCUGUGAAAAGACCAGUGGCUGGUGUAUGGGUGGAUGUGUCGCUGGUUACCAAGGGCACAAUUGCUCGCAAGUUUGUUCUUCGGGAACCUACGGCAUAAAUUGUGCUUUGACGUGCGGCAACUGUACAGGAGAAACGUGUAACCGUGUCAAUGGUACCUGUCCGCUUGGGUGUAACGCCGGAUCGACUGGACACGACUGUAAAACAGUCUGCCCGACCAGUACCUACGGUCCCGACUGUUCUUCAUGUGGGAAGUGCGCUGGAGGUGUCUCUUGUAACAGGGUGUCAGGUGUAUGUCCCGCUGGGUGUGAGCCAGGUUGGACAGGGGACAAGUGUGAUAGAGCGUGUCUUCCUAAUACCUACGGCGCCUCCUGUGAGUCCUGUGGUCUGUGUGAGGCUGGUGUACCUUGUGACAAAAGUUCUGGAGUCUGUCCGGCUGGAUGUCAAGAUGGCUGGACAGGCUCCCUAUGCAAAACAAAAUGCAGUCUAGGCACAUACGGUCCCAGAUGUACAUCGAUCUGUUCCAACUGCCAAACCGGAAGUGUUUGCAAUCACGUGAAUGGCCAGUGUCCUGUCGGAUGUGAGCCAGGAUGGACUGGAUCUAAGUGUGACGAGAUGUGUCGUGAAGGCACAUACGGCUCUGGAUGUAGAUCGAUCUGUUCCAACUGCAAAACAGGGAGUGUCUGUGAUCACGUGACUGGUCAGUGCCCGGCUGGAUGUGAACCUGGAUGGACUGGAUCUAAGUGUACCGAAAAGUGCAGUCAAGGCACCUACGGUUUAAGAUGUACAUCGAUCUGUUCCAACUGCCAAACAGGAAGUGUCUGCAAUCACGUGAAUGGUCAGUGUCCUUUCGGAUGUGAGCCAGGAUGGACUGGACCUAAGUGUGACGAGAAACUGAAGAAUGACGAAAAUGAGGGAAAAUCCAAUGACACUCAUCUUGUUAUUAUUGGAUCUUCCGUUGGGGCUGCCCUGCUGUUGAUAGUUGUCAUCGUGAUCGUUGUGGCAGUUCUGCUUGUCAGGCGGAAAAGACGUCCUCGUGUGAAAGAAACCGGCCCAUACGAAACACUGCACAUGGUUAACCAACCCAUCUAUUCUGUGGCGACAAACAUCCCUUCAGAUUAUGCUACUGUCGCAGACGCUCACACAAUCAACUACACUACACUUGGACGACUGGGGGUCGCCAAGGACCAACAUACUGAUGGAGAGCACGUGUAUGCCAGGCCAUUGUCAAUCACUGACAACAGCGACAGCACAUACUGAUCAGCACACAAAAUAUUAUACACAAUGCAUGUUUGAAAUGUGUUUGUUAUAUCCUCGGUUUUAAAGUCUAAAAACUCUACAAAUUUAAUUACUAAUUCUUUUGUUGAUAGAUGUUAAUGCUAGAACAUUAUUAUAUUUUUCCUUUUGCAUUGUUUUGUCGUACUCCAAAUGAUAAUAUGGUGUAAUAGGUGGACUGAACAAUUUAAUACCACAUCGAUAUUGCCACUGAAUACAACUACCAGAUGGACUGGACCCCCAUGAGAAGAUAUUUGAGAAAUUUGAUUUUUUAAAUCACCUGGGUGCCCGUUUAAUGCCGAGGACCUUCAAACAGCCCCUUCCAAAUAUUACUGUAGCAUGUGCUUAUGGUUAUGUGAUGUAAUAUCACCGAAGUACAAU